UCCAUUCUAGAAAGUGUGAACACACUUGAUCAUGUAGCUCCUUCUAGUUUUUGGUGUCGUUCCUUCUUCAUUUGUUAGUGUCAAGAUCAGAAUGAAAACACAUUAAAUAUUGCUUUCCCCUUCUCACAAAAGCAUCAAAUUCGCUCAUCAACUCAUCAUCUUAAAAGAAUCAAUCAUCAACUUUCUUCUUGCUUCAUUCAGAAAGAUGCCGACGAGAGCUCAAUUAGAAGAAUAUGCAUCCGGUGUAAACGAGGAGGUUGGAAAACACUUUGCAUAUAGGGCUGCAAUUGCAAUUCAUGACCUGAUAUGCCUGAGUGAGAAUGAGCAACGACAUGACGCAGAUUUAAUUAGUGUAGGCAAGAUUUUUGAUUUCACCCCCGCGCCGAUGAUGCAAGAAAGAGUCAGGCUCUCGAACUACCUAUUGGCCCUAGACACGGUUAUUCCGAGGUACUGGGCAGUAAGACUCCAAAUUUCAUGCCUUGAAUACGCAGACAGAUGCGACAUAUUCAGAAAUCAGCUCAAUUAUCUGGAAAAUUCUCCGAAUAAUGGAGACUCAUCAAAGGGAGAGUAUGAGUAUUUGAUUAGAGCGUCGGCUGAAGCUAGAACUAAAAUUUUGGGUGAUAUCAACAGAGCCCGGAAUUUCAUCGUCCCUGAUGAGCAAAAUGCUUUACAAUGGGCUUUUGAAAUUAUGGCUCACCAAGGACCACCGGAAGAUUUAUGGUUCAUAAAGAGCUUGAAAAAUUACUAUCAGAUUUCGAGACCAAUAAUGGAUGGAGUCAGUAUUGAACCUUCCGAGUUUGGUGAUAUUGAUCGCGAUGAAACUUGGUGUGUUGCUACGGGAACUUGGGGGCCACCAAGUCGUCUGCGGCCUGUUAGGAUCGUCCCAUCACAAGUAAGCACGGAUGAAUGGGGUGCAUUGUUUCCUAUCACACCCUAUGGUAAACCAUACCAUCCUGAGAAUGGUUUAAUGCUCGACAGACAAAUCGCAGAAAAUUAUGAGGCCUGUCGAAUCUCUAUAAUACCAUCAAGUAGGGACCAUCACGGAGUAAUGGCGUGGGAAAUCCGGGUCCUGGACUCCAACCUUUUGCAAUGCAGACACGAGGAACUAGGAUGUUCUUUUGAAAGUCUUCAUACACGGCCGUUGGAGUUUUUGAAUCUGUGUAAACCACGACAAGACUUCAUGCAAUUCCAGUUCCUUCUCUGCCUGGCCAUCUCAUCAGGGAAGAAUUUUGGCAAGGAAAGAAUGGACCUUGAAGUGUCUCAGGGUUGCAGAUCUUGGGGAUUGUUGAUAGAAGGCGGCGGGAUCUUUCGGGUGAGGAAGGCUGUGCUUCAGGAGAUGGACCAAUACUCGGGUCGUAGGCUUCCUGGUCAUCAUACAUCAAAAAUAUCAAUUAUGGCACCUUUAUUGGCAAGGAUCUUUAAUGUAGAAGAGCCAAAUGAAGAUUGAUAGUUAAAAAUAAAGGAAACUGUAGUAGCAGUUAAAGCACUCUGAAUGUUGGAAGUAGAGCGCGGGAUUUUGGUGGCGUACAUUGUCUGUAAUACAAAAUAAAUAAUCACAGUAUUUUCAAAAAAGAUUCUGAAUGGGGGACUGAUUGUCUCAUGUUUAAUUCCACUUUGAAAUUGCUUACUAGGAGAAAAUAAGAAUAGUCUUAUCUUUCUUGAUGUCGUUAUACUACC